AUGGGCUGCGCACCCAGCAUCCACGUCUCGCAUAGCGGUGUGAUAUACUGCCGGGACUCGGAGGAGUCCAACUCCCCCCACCAGACCACCGCGAUCUCGCAGGGCACCACCACCCUGCACGGCCUCUUCGUUAAGACAGACGCGGCCGACUCCAUCCCCUCCGUCCUCGCCUACCAGAGCCGGCAGCCGCCGCCCUCCGCCGGCCCCCGCCGCAAGGAGCGCAGGGAGUCCGGCGGCGCCUCCGCCCGGUCCAGGACGCCCCACUGCUGCAGCGUCGAGGCGGAGACCCAGACCAGCAGCUCCAGCGCCAAGCAGGCUUCAACUACAGAAGUACAAGUUGGACCCAUGAGAUUGACACAAUACCCAAUUCAGGUUCUGCUGAUCUUUGCAAAAGAAGACAACCAAAGCAAUGGUUUCUGGUGGGCUUGUGACAGAGCAGGAUACAGGUGCAAUGUUGCCUGGACUCUGGAGUCAGCACUUGAAUGUUUCCUGGAUAAGCACCAGGAAAUAAUUGUUAUAGAUCACAGGAACUCCAAAUACUUUGAUGCAGAAGAUAUCUGCAGGUCUAUUCGUGCCACAGAGCUAUCAGAGCACUCUGUAAUACUUGCUGUGGUUCCACGCACAUCUGCUGACCAAGAAGAGAGUUCUGUUCUACCCCUUCUUGAUGCAGGCUUUGAUAGGCAAUUCAUGGAGAACAGCAGCGUUACUGCUUGUUACAAUGAACUGGUUCAAAUAGAACAUGGGGAAGUACGAUCUCAGUUCAAAUUACGGGCUUGUAAUGCAGUGUUUACAGCAUUAGACCAUUGCCAGGAAGCUGUAGAAAUAACCAGUGAAGAUCAUGUCAUUCAGUAUGUUAAUCCAGCCUUUGAACGGAUGAUGGGGUAUUGCAAGGGAGAACUUAUCGGCAAGGAGCUCACUGAACUACCUAAAAGUGACAAAAACUCUGCAGAUCUUUUGGACAACAUAAACACGUUUAUUAAAAAAGGAAAGGAAUGGCAAGGAGUUUACUACGCAAGAAGAAAAUCAGGAGACAGUAUCCAGCAGCACGUGAAGAUAACACCUGUGGUUGGUCAAGGAGGGAAAAUAAGACACUUUGUGUCCCUCAAAAGGCUGCAUUGUACCAAUGAAAACAACAAACAGCUCUACAAGAGUCAUCGUGAGGAUAAGAACACAGGAGACAAUUCCCAGUCAGAAUCCGGUUCUUACAAGUGCAAGAAUAGAAGGAAAGACUCAGCUGAUGUUAAAUCAAUAACAUCUCAAAGUAGUGAUGCUCCAAGUUUACAGACCCGACGGUACUCUUCAAUGGCACGCAUCCAUUCUAUGACAAUAGAAGCUCCUAUCACAAAGGUUAUUAACAUAAUUAAUGCUGCCCAGGAAAACAGCCCAAUCACAGUAGCAGAGGCUUUGGACAGAGUCCUAGAAAUCCUGCGGACAACAGAACUCUACUCCCCUCAGCUAGGUACCAAAGAUGAAGAUCCUCACACAAGUGAUCUUGUUGGAGGUCUGAUGAAUGAUAGCUUGAGAAGACUGUCAGGAAAUGAGUAUGUGUUUUCUAAGAAUAUGAACCUGAGCCAUACUCACCUUCCAGUGCCAAACACCAUCAAUGAUGUUCCACCUUGUAUUGCACAGCUCCUAGAUAACGAGGAAAGUUGGGACUUCAAUAUUUUUGAGUUGGAGGCUGUUACAAAUAAAAGGCCAUUAGUGUAUUUGGGCUUAAAAGUUUUUGCCCGGUUUGGGGUUUCGGAGUUUUUAAACUGUUCAGAAGCAACGCUGCGGGCAUGGCUGCAGGUCAUUGAAGCCAACUACCAUUCCUCCAACUCAUACCACAACUCCACGCAUGCGGCGGAUGUCCUGCAUGCUACUGCCUUCUUUCUCGGGAAGGAGAGAGUUAAGGGAAGUCUGGACCAUUUAGAUGAGGUAGCUGCAUUAAUAGCUGCUACCAUUCAUGAUGUAGACCAUCCUGGACGGACCAACUCCUUCCUGUGCAAUGCAGGCAGCGAAUUAGCUGUCCUUUACAAUGAUACAGCUGUAUUAGAGAGUCACCACACAGCACUGGCAUUUCAGCUUACAACGAAAGACAGCAAAUACAACAUUUUCAAGAAUAUUGACAGAAAUCGCUACCGAACAUUGCGACAGGCCAUUAUUGAUAUGGUUUUGGCAACAGAGAUGACGAAGCACUUUGAGCAUGUGAACAAAUUUGUGAACAGUAUCAACAAGCCUAUGGCAUCUGAGGAGAUCAGCCCACAUAGUGAAGGAAGCAACACUGAAUGUACAGCCAACAUAAAGAAUUUUCCAGACAACCAGACAUUGAUCAAGCGCAUGAUGAUUAAAUGUGCAGAUGUAGCAAAUCCAUGUCGCCCCCUAGAGCUGUGUAUUGAAUGGGCAGGCAGGAUUUCAGAGGAGUACUUUGCACAGACUGAUGAAGAGAAGAGACAGGGCCUGCCUGUUGUAAUGCCAGUAUUUGACAGAAACACCUGCAGCAUUCCCAAGUCUCAGAUUUCCUUCAUUGAUUAUUUUAUAACAGAUAUGUUUGAUGCAUGGGAUGCAUUUGCACAUCUGCCUGUUUUGAUGCAACACUUGGCUAAUAACUAUAAACACUGGAAAACACUGGAUGAUUUGAAGUGCAAGAGUCUCAGGCUCCCAUCAGAAAACAACAACUGACACUAAGUCAAGAAAACUAGACCUCUUGCUCUACCAGUUUCACUGUGAAUCACUUACAGAAACUCUUGGCUACAAAGGGGAUUAAUGUUGCUUUUCCAGUGAAAUUAAGACUGCGUGACAAGAAGGAAAUAUUUUACUCAUUUUUAAGCUUCUAUGAAUUCUACAGAAAAAUGUUUUUAGAGGCUAUAUAAACCACAGAUGACUAAGUGCUCUUUGGAAAUAAUAUUUUGUGGCAGAAAAUGUACUUCUGAAACUAGUUUCUAAUACUGAAUAUGCACUUGUUGAAUCUUGUAGUUGAUACAACAGUAUUCACUAACGCUUC